GGAGGGAGAGGGAGAGGAGAGGAGAGCAGCAGCGGCUCCCUCCUUCUUUUUCAUUCACUUCCUCUCUCCCUCUGCACUGAGGAGACCUCACUGCUCAGCCUGCACUCGCCUAUAUUUUUGAUGCUGGGUGAAAGAAUUUGAUAUCUGUCAGACCAGGACCAAAACAGAUCACAUGCAGUCUCAGCAUCAUUCAGAAGUGUUUGGCGCUCCAAACGGCUCCCGGAUGAUCUUCUCCAGGGAGCCCGGAGCUUCCUCUGGUCAGCAGAUGCAUCCAGAGCUGACCCAUGAGGUGGUCAUCUCGCCUGGACUCCCCACACCUCCUCUGAGCCCUUAUCGUUCCACAGGGCUGCCAUUUGGAGAGUACAAGGUGUCAGAGGUGAAUGGAAGUGGACCAACGGCCCUCAGCUUUGGAUCUUACUAUGGCCCCUCACAAUUGCAUGGUGGAUUGUCCAAUGGCGUCCAGAGCUCUGCCACUUUACCUCGCAGCUGGGCUCCCACCAGGGAGGAGAGGCUUAUCAAGUUCUCAGGAAUCGGCCCAGUGGAUGAAACCGGGAUGCCCAUUGCCUCCAGAUCAAGUGUGAACAAGCCCAGAGACUGGUACAAGAGCAUGUUCAGACAGAUUCACAAGAAGCCAGAGGAACCUGAGCUGGAGGAUUCAGAGCGGUGGUCAGCUGAGCGGCUCCAGUUAUCUGCCAACUCUGAAGAAAGUAACGAAGCAGACAAGAAUCUCUUCAGACUAACACCUUAUGGAGCUCUGCCAGACUGGAGUGAGGAUGUAGAUAAGCUGUCAGACCCGGGAAAGCAGCACCCGCAACCGAAGAGCAUAUUCGACUUUGAGCCUGGAAAGAGCACCGCCUCAGAGAGCCGCAGCCAGGCGCAUUUAUCCCCGAAGAAACAGCCUGAGAAGCCGAAGUCCCCGUCUAUUGAGGCCAGCCUGGUCUCUGAGCUGAGUCGAUUUGAGGCUGAGCUGGACUCGGAGAUCCAGGGCCUGGAGAGGAGACUUUCCCAGAAGAAGCAGCAUCGAGGCCGGGGUGAGGAGGCCCGAGGCAGGGAUCCAGCAACCGCUCUGAAGACCGGGACUACAAGCUACAGCAAUCCACCAGCAUCGAACCAGCCUGUCCAUCGCUCUGUCGGCGCACCACUGACCUCCGCUCCCACAUAUGUAGAGCGUCUUUCCACUGCAAAUGAAACCAUGGAGCUCCCACCUAAGAAAGAGGAGAAAAAGAUGAAAGCAGCGCGAGCCAAGUUCAAUUUCCAGGCUCAGUCACCCAAGGAGCUCAUGCUGCAGAAAGGCGACAUUGUUUACAUCCACAGGCAGGUAGAUGCCAACUGGUUUGAAGGAGAACAUCACGGCAGAGCUGGUAUUUUCCCCACAUCUUAUGUGGAGAUUCUGGCUCCUACAGAGAAGCCCACUCCUAUAAAGUCUCCCACUUUACAGGUGCUGGACUACGGGGAAGCUGUGGCUCUGUUUAACUUCAACGCUGACCUGCCUGUUGAGCUGUCAUUUCGUAAAGGUGAGGUGAUCGAUAUAACCCGGCGUGUUGACGAUAAGUGGUUAGAGGGGAGGAUCUCAGGGACCAGCCGGAGCGGCAUCUUCCCAGCCAAUUACGUCCAGGUCAACAAGAUGCCCCGCACCAAGUUCUCCACAGACGACUACUCACCUGGUCCCAUGUCUCCCGUGUCCCCUGGACCUCAGAGUCCAGGACGUCCGCUCCACUCACCCUGCCCGCGGUCACCGUUAUCCCCUCUCACCCCCACUUCCCUCAGCCCCAAACCUGAGCACUCCCCCCUGAUGCCGUCCUCACCUGUGCCUUUUGGCAGCCCGGCUUCACAGUCACGCUCCCCCACGCUGACGCCCGUAUCCAAAGAAACGACCAAUCGGUGGCCCCACAGCGCCUCCAAAACCGCUUCGCCCACCAACCAGAACAGCCACUGGGCUGGGACGCACUCGGCUAACCAGAGCUCCACGGCGAGAGCUGUUUCACCUUCCGCUCAGUCACUCAGAGCAGGAGCUGCCACAGCGAACACUCCCACAUACACUGACCCCUCACAGGGUGCGAUGCCAAACCAGGCUGCUCCGUCUAAUCCACAUGUCAACUCCCUGCCACACACGCAAAACAAGCCGGGUUCAACAGUGGCGCAACGGCAGCCAUAUAAAGCUGUUUACAACUACAAACCACAGAAUGCAGACGAGCUGGAGCUCAGAGAGGGAGACGUUGUACAAGUGAUGGAGAAGUGUGAUGAUGGCUGGUUUGUAGGUACGUCAGAACGGACUCAUGCUUUUGGGACUUUUCCUGGGAAUUACGUGGCACCGUUUUGACCUCCCCCACUUCCUGCUUGUCCACAUCCACCCGGACUCACAUGAGCCCAACCGAUCACUUAAACACUUUGACACCCCAGCGUUUCUUCAUGCUGUUUACCCACCACACUCCUACAUCUGGUUUAGUUGGGCCUGCAUGUUCUCUCUGUUUCCCACAACAGAGGUGAAGGCAGGGUACAUUUCUCACCUCACCUCCUGCAUGAGUGCAUGUGUGUGUGUGUGUGUGUGUGUGUGUGUGUGUGUGUGUGUUCCACUGAGACUUGGAGAGUGUUUUCACACACACCACUUGAGAGGAACGAAUGAAUGCUGAUGGUUCCGUUUCAGAUGCAAAGAAAGGACUUUUUUGUUCCACAACUAUUUGCAGCUGCAGGAAAUUUGCAUUCCUUCCCUCUGAACAGCUAAACAUUUCCUUGAGGUCCUCAUUCUGUGUGAUGCUGCUUUCAGCUGUUUGUCACUGCGGUGCCAUCACCACCACUGCAGAGGGUGUUUGAUUAGGGUGGCACAUGCUUCUGGCUUUUCAAUGGAUUAAUGUGUCCUUCGAAUAUCUUCCUCAGAUUUCCUUUCAGAUCUGUGAAAACGCCCCGGGCAAGUCGAGGAAACAACAUGAACAUCUGUAGAUAUGUGCUUAAAGUGAAGCGCAGCAAAGGCUCCAACACAUCGAGGUUACAGCCCUUCACUUGGCUAUGCAGAGCAGCAAGUAUAAGUAUUGCAUGUACUGGUUUCGCGAGCAAGUUGUUGAUUAGAGAAUAUUUGGCUUUUUUUGGAAGGCAUUUCCGGAGCGGGAUGCCAAAGGUGACAGUGAAGAGAGCGAUCAUGUUCUGUUGUGCGCUGUAAUAGAAGUUGCUUUGCUCUGAAAUUAAAUUUCAAACCUCUGUAAGUUGCACAAGUUAAAUCUAGACAAUUCCUCCAGAGCUAAUAUUUGAAUGAUCUUUUUGAGGUAUUUGAAGUAAUGCUGUAUGUGCCAAAUCUAACAUUUCAUGACAUUUUUCUCUUUUAAAUUCCCUACUGAACAGUCCCAAUCAUUCCUGCUUCAUUUACCACUACUGUUUUAAUCAUGUUUGCUCUGCUUGUGGGGUUAACACUCUCAGUCUGACAGUAUUUCCAGAACCACUUAGCCUACUGUAUGUUUGCAUCAGUGCAACUUCUGACAAAUGUGGCCUUUCUAAGCCUAAUUGAAAUGAAAUCCUUAUCAUGAAGUCAUUUGGCAUAUUUCUAUGAUAUAUUCAUGAUUUCACUGUAAAAAUGAUUCAUAUUUAGUAGCCACAGAAGAUGAUUGUACAGAUUGUAACCUUUUAUCAGAUGGAAAGUAUAAUAUAUAUUUGCUUAUAAAACAAUGUAUCUCAUGUCUACGGUACGCAAAUUUUAAAAAAGCAAUUAAACAUUACAGAGUGAU